GCGGCACUAGCGGAAAAAGCAGUUUCAACAUUUUGCUUAGUACGGCAACAGCGUCGCGGCGAAUAUACCAUACGUGUGUUAACGUGCGCGCCAAGAGCAACAAAGCAUUUCCAACCGACAAAGCAACAGCAACAACAAGAAGACUAUGUAGUGAGUUUGUAUGCGAAAGCCAUAAACACGUUUAAGCCAGAUAACAAAAUGACCGAGUUUAUCGAGAUACACAUACAGAAGAAUCUUAACCCUCGCCACCCACGGAGCAUCGACAGCCGACAGGAGAUCUUUGGCGCUAGCGAUGCACGCGACAGACAUAGAAAGCUGGACUUAUUUCGCGACAUGAUCGGUGCCAGUGUUAAUUUGGCGUUACGCGAUAAAUCCUGUUGUAUGGAUACAAAUUUCUUAAAUCGUUUCCUAUACGCAAAGAAAUUCGAUUGCGUAGCGGCUUUAGACUUACUCAUCAAAUAUUUUUUAUUCAAAGAGAAUAAUAAGCAUAUUUUACAAAAACUCAGUAUUUUCGAUGAAAACAUACAAACUUCCUUAAGAGAUGGCAACCCAUCCGUCUUGAAGCAGCGCGAUCGUAAGGGGCGUAAAGUCAUAACGUUUGCCGCUGCCAAUUGGGAUACAAAUAAAUAUAGCAUGGAGGAUGUGUUCCGGGCGUUACUGCUGUCAUUGGACAAAUUGCUGGAGAAUGUGGAGAAUCAGGCAUUGGGAUUUGUAGUGAUUGUGGAUUGGACGAACUUCACGUAUAAGCAAUCGAAGCAUAUCUCAGCUAAAACGCUUAAGUUGAUGAUUGAAUGUUUGCAGGAUUGUUUGCCGGCAAAAUUUAAGGGCAUACAUUUCAUUGGUCAACCCUGGUAUGUGGAUGUGAUGCUGAGAGUAAUAAAGCCCUUCUUAAAUGAUAAAAUCAAGAGACGCUUACUGGUGCAUGGCACCAAUUUGACUAGCUUACAUAAUAUGGUCAGCAAAGAUAUUUUACCACCCGAUUUGGGUGGCGAAGGUCCGACAAUUAAUACAUUGGACUGGUAUCAUUAUCUCUUGGAGUCAAGCCAAAAUUCGGAGUUGCGAAAGACCUAUAGACUUAUUGAAGCGACGGUAUAUUCAAAAACGGCGGAUUGGCAGAAACCUGUAGCAAUUGCAAAUGGAACGCAAAAAAUCGAAUCGAAUGGAAACUUAAUUAAUAUUAAACAAAUCUCAUGACAAUGUAGACUUUUAGUUUUUAUAAUAAAUAUUUUUAGUAAUGCACCUCACUUUGUAUUAAAAUGUGAAUGUAUUUGUAGAACUUAGCAUUUAUCCUUAAUUUUCGUAUUAUUUUUUGUCUUAAUCAUAUUAUUUGUAGAUUUUUUAGUUUAAGAGUGAACUGUUCUCGACAAUAUAAUGACUUAUGUUUUGAAU